AUGGGGAAGCGCAAGCAUACAGACAAUGGGUACUCAGACGACGCAGCCCCCGUCAUGGCCGACUCAGGCUCACAAGGAUUUGGUUUAGGCCAGACUCUCUCGCUGCUAUCGAAACCGAACGAGCCCACGCGGGAUGAAGGCAGUGUCCCCGCGGAGAAGACACCUAGCGCUGGUUCGCCAGUCAACACUGAGAACGGCUACGACGAUGCGCGACCCGCGAAGAAGAAGCGUUUGAACGGCGAGAAGAUCAAAUACCCGACGCUCACCUAUGUUGAAGGCCGGUCACUGCAAUCGCCAAUUCGCAUCGCCGACCUUCAGAAUUUGCUUCUAUUCUGCUUUGCGGAUGGAGUCGCGCCGCAAUGGAUUGCUGUGAAAAACACAACACGUAUCCGGAAGGCUGUAUUUCUGAUGGUCCCCGGUCUGGAGCUGGGGAUGCUGGAUGGAACAGUUCCUCUGGAUGGGUCUGAAGUGAAAGAGGGCGUCAAGGAUACACAAGGCGAUGAUGAGACGGAAGAUCCUAGGGCGGCCGACUUUGCUAGAUGGAAGGAAGGACUGCCACCACAAGAUCGGUCUCACCUGUUCAGCCCUCGCUCCCUAUCCCGCAACGACAUUCCAGAGCCUCUUCAGCCAUUAGCUGACCUGUUUCCCCAUGCCUGGCCGGUCCGGGCCCCCGGGGACACUAAGUAUAACAAGGUUCACUCACCUUUGCAAGCUGUUCUAUUGACACAGCUACCCAAGGACAAGGAGAAAAAGGCAAAAGGCCCGAAACCCCCUCGAGGUGACAAAACUUACAGCUCUAAGCGAACGCCCAUCAACGCGUUUAUUAGCCCUGCUGAAGAGCUGCGGGAAAACGAAUAUCCUCUACAUCCCGCUCUUUGCCCCUCUGAUGACCAGAAAUCGGCACUAGAAGAGGCCCGUAAACGAGCGGGCCAAUCUACGCAGGAUGGGUGGGUAGACACCCUUGUAGAAAGCCUGGAGGCGGGCAAUGUGCCCGAAGCUGAGAUUCAGCAAGGAAGCAUGACAGCAGGGCGUGACAUACUAGCCCUAGACUGCGAGAUGUGCAUUACCGAAGGCGGUAAUUCGGAGCUCACCCGCAUCAGUCUGGUCCGCUGGGACGGCGAGGUUGUGCUUGAUGAGCUCGUAAAGCCGGAGCUGCCUGUCAUUGACUAUCUGACCCGGUUCUCCGGAAUCACAAAGGAGAUGCUUGAUCCUGUCACCACCACCCUUGCCGACAUUCAACAAAAGCUCCUCACCAUUAUUACCCCACGCUCCAUCCUCGUCGGCCACUCCCUCAAUUCAGACCUCAAUGCUCUCAAACUCACCCACCCUUUCAUCGUCGACACCACAUUCCUUUACCCUCACCCCCGCGGCCCACCCUUGAAAGCAAGCCUGAAAUGGCUGACCCAGAAAUACCUGGGCAAAGAAAUCCAGAAGGGCACAACAGGCCACGACUCCAUCGAAGACGCCCGCGCCGUGCUGGAACUCGUCAAGCAGAAAUGCGAAAAGGGCGAGCACUGGGGCACGUCUGACGCCUCCAACGAAAGCAUAUUCAAACGCUUGAGCCGGCAUAGUGCUCCAGGGAAGCCCAACUCCGCAGCUGGCGGGACAGGCCGCACUGGCGCCGUCAUCGACUGGGGUAGCCCCGAACGCGGCCUGGGCGCCCAGGCAACCGUUGCAAUCGGGUGCGCCGACGACGAAGCCGUGGUAAAGGGUAUCUCGGCAGCCGUGAACGGUGACGAAAACAACAUGUCCAUUCCAGGCGAGGGCGUAGAUUUCGCCUGGGCGCGAAUGCGCGAGCUCGAGAUCUACCGCGGCUGGUGCAACCGGAUUCCCGACGCAAACAACGCGAACACAUCUACAGCCAUCGAGUCUGACUCAUCAGAAGCACCCUCAAAGGCCCUCUCGAGCGUCGUCGCGCAGACUGUCUCGCGCAUCAAAGAGGUAUACGACUCUCUUCCCCCGUGCACGCUGUUCGUCGUGUACUCGGGCACCGGAGACCCGCGUGAAGUGACCCGGUUGCAGGCUAUGCACAAGGUCUUCCGUGACGAGUACCAGUCCAAGAAGCCGUGGGAUGAGUUGUCUGUCAAGUGGACGGAUACGGAGGAGCAGGCGUUGAAGAAGGCUUGUGAGCGCGCGAGAGACGGGUGUGGGUUUAUGUGUGUCAAAUGA